GCGACUCUCGGAAGUCCCGCUGACUCCUCCGCCGGUUCUCCUUGCCGGGAAUCCCACGGACUCCGACGUAACCCCGCCUUCAGGUCUUUCAGCUCCGUCCUCUGAUCGUCGACGACGUCCGGUCCUCCGCUCGCAGCCGGCCGUCGAUUUUCUGCUCGUAUUCCAUCGUCUUCUUGGUGGACAGUUAGAUAUUGUGAUAAACAGUUGACUGUUCCGAAAAUGGGGUGCAUCGGAUCGUCGCUUGCCAAAUCCGACGGAGGAGAGAGAAAGAAGAAAAUCGAGAAACCAAAACCCUGGGCACAUUCUGAGCCAAUCACUUGGGCACAUCUUGUAAAGAUGCGAGAAGAAUUCUGGGACACUGCUCCGCACUAUGGUGGUCGAAGAGAGAUAUGGGAUGCCCUCCGAGCAGCUGCUGAAGCUGACCUGACAAUGGCCCAGGCAGUUGUGGAUAGUGCUGGAGUGAUUGUUCAGAACAGCGACCUUACAACGUGUUACGACGAAAGAGGUGCGAGAUAUGAGCUUCCGAAAUACGUUCUGAGCGAGCCAACAAACCUGAUCAAGGAGGACUAAUGACAAUUAACAUUCAAUCAAAUAAGGUACAAAAGAACAUAUAAGAAGAAGAAGAAGAAGAAGAAAGAGUUUUGAAUAACACUCUUAAUUAACGCAUAAGUUUUAUCACUUUAAGAAGCAUAUAAACCUCAAUGUUAAAGAGUAACAGUAGAACAGGGUCUUGGCUCAGCUUUGCUAUUUUAGCCUCCAUUUUCCCAUUGAGAUUGAAUAGGUUGAUUUUGAUA